AUGGAUGACCACGGUGGUGACAGGGCCACCUGUGGGCUGGUCCCCAGGCCCAAACAGGCCGUCUCCCCAUCCCUGUCCCCAUCCACCUCUCCGGACAGCAUAGCCAGGCACCACUCGGUGCUGCUGUCCCAGGGGAAUGGCAGCUCCAAGGGGGUGCGGACAUCCUCCCCGCUCCUGCACCCCGGCAAGUACGUGGCCAUCGACUGCGAGAUGGUGGGCACCGGUCCCCAGGGCAGGCUGAGCGAGCUGGCGCGGUGCUCCGUGGUGAACUAUGAGGGGGACGUUAUCUAUGACAAGUAUGUCCAGCCCGAGCUCCCCAUCGUGGACUACCGGACGCGCUGGAGUGGCAUCACCAAGCAGCACAUGAAGAGCGCGAUUCCCUUCAAGGCUGCCCAGGCAGAGAUCCUGAAGAUCUUGAAAAACAAGAUUGUGGUAGGACACGCCAUCCACAACGACUUCCAAGCCCUGAAGUACUUCCACCCGAAAGACAGGACCCGAGACACCAGCCGGAUCCCCAUGCUGAAACAGAGGGCAGGGCUGCCCAUCAGGGCCAAUGUCUCCCUCAAAAGCUUGGCCACACACCUGCUCCAGAAAAAGAUCCAGGUCGGCUGCAAAGGGCACUCGUCAGUGGAGGAUGCUCAGACAGCCAUGGAGCUGUACAGACUGGUGGAGGUGCAGUGGGAAGCGGAGCUGGCCCGUAGCCUGCCCCCCCGGCCUCCCAGCCCUAUCACAGACUCCACCACAGACAGCAACCAGUACAUGGAUGACCGGUACUGGCCCACAGACCUGAUGGCAAGCAGCCUGUGAUGGGGGACGGCAUAUCCUCCACAAGUUUUGGGCCAUCCUGAUGCCUUCAGCUAUUAAAGGUGGAGGUGGCUGCCCUCUUUCCCUGGGGCUUGUGCCCCACGUUCUCUGCCCAGCACCUAGCCCCACUGUGGACAGCAGCGCAGAGGAGUCAGAUGCCCCCAGCCCUGCUUGGGGACAUAAAAAUAGUGGCACUUGGACACCAUCAAUCUCCCAAAAAUGCUGUCUGCAGCCUCUUGCUGUCAUAUGGAAAUAAGCACCGUGGCUGCGCCAUCUUCAUCUGUCACUUGGUGCUCCGGGAUGAGCAGGGUCCUGGUGCCAACCUGGAGGAGCCCCCCUGGGCGUGCGAUGGCUGCGGCGGUGGGCUGGGGCUGCCAGGGCACCUGUCAUGCCCUCUGGGAGGGGAUACCCCUGUGGCAGGCAAGUGGCAGGUCUUCCCAUGGGAGGACUGAGGGGUCUCGCUGAUGCCCAAAGGCUGCAAACCAUCUGGGGCCAGUUAAACAACCAGUUCCUUUACCACUAUCUAGUGAAGCCUGAAAAGAAAGGCUGGGUCUCAUCAAUGUCCAGCCUGGACAAGAGCUC